CCGGGCCGCCUCCGCCGCGCCCGCCGGGCCCCCGGCCGCCCCCCCGCGGCUCCCCACAACUUUUGAGGCGGGCACUGUGCUCGCAGCCUCACUUCGCCGACUUCCCCGGCCCUACGCGGCACCCGCCCGGCUUCCCUCGCACCCGCGGCCGCCCCGCGCCCUCCCCGCGCGCCGGGCAUGUGAGCGCGGGCGGACGCCGCCACCAUGGCCUCGCCGCGCGCCUCGCGGUGGCUGCCGCCGCUCCCGCUGCUGCUGCCGCCGCUGCUGCUGCUGCUGCUGCCGCCGGCCGCCCCUGGGACGCGGGGCCAGCCGCCCUCCCCGGCCCACGGCGCACCCAGCGGGGCGCCUCUCGCGGGCGCGAGGCUGGCGCGGUCGCCCCGGCCCGGCCCGGAGCACGAGCUGCCGUCGCCGCCACCCACUCCGACCCCGGAGCGCCGCGGGCCCGCGCCCCCCGGCCCCAGCCGGCCGGCCCCUGCACCGGACGCCGCUACAGGGCCGGGACCCUGGGGCCCGGUGCCCCCAGGCGGGAGCGCUGCUGCCGUAAGGAACCACUGGCCGGAAAGCAGCCCUGAGCCCCAGGUAGAAAGCAUCCCCUUUGAUCAGAGUCAAGUGGACUUCCCCGAAGUGGUCCCCAAAGGCCGUGUGAUGGUCCAGACCCCCGGCAGAGGCCACGCUUCUUUAGAUGCAGCAGAAAACUUGACUCCUCAAACUGGAAUAGCGGGUGCUGGAGGAAGAAACAACUCCUUGAGAGCAAAUGUCACCACUGUCCCCGCUGGGGCUGAGACAGCAACAGCUCUGACUUCCCAGAGCAGCACCUUAGCCUUGGGAAGGCUUCCCCUGCCGUCCAGCAGUACAGGGUCAGAGGGAAGAAGUGCCCCUUCCCACACAGAGAGCAGGACAUCCUGGGGUUCCCCGGCCAGGGGGCAGGGGUUCCCCGAAGAAGUGACUGUGCAUCCCCAAGUGGCCACUUCCAUUUUGAGCCAGUCCUCUCUUCCUGCUUUGGAGAUGGCAGAAGAGACCACACUCUCCAGGAAGAGAAAUUCCCCGGAACCGGAGCUCUCUGGGCUGCACUUCUCCAGGACAUCGGCUUACCCUUCUCCCUCAGAUCGUUCUGCAACACCUGGCAUUACGGAGGAGCUGAGCAACGCCACUGCUCUCCAAAGCACCUUCAUCAGUUGGACAAAGAGAGUCCACGCUGCCACCGUCGUCCCCAGUGGUGACCCCAGGGUGACCCAGUCUUCACCUGUCAGUCCAGGGCUGCUAGGCGAAACAGACAGUUUCCCUGAGGACGCCGAAGUUACCACGACCUCAGCGUCAGUGCACUCUUCACCGGCUGACGCAGAGUUGAGAAGAAACACGGGGGCCGUGAGGAAUCCAGGGCGUGGGGGAUCCACUGAGCCAUCCGCAGAAGAUGCAUUCGGCCUUUCAUCGUCCGAGGGCUCGGUAGGAGUUUGGCAAAAUGAUUCCCCAAGCUCGGGAGGACACCAGCAGGCCAGCAGCCCUCACACGGAAAACGGAAGCCUCCUGUAUCGGACUGAGCCAGUGUCAGUCCCGCGGGGCAGAGCAGGAGGGAGCACCGCACGCUGGGGGUCGACCAACAGCAAGACAUUCGCAGAGGUGACAGCCAGCUCUGCUUCCUCUGCUGGAGCUGUGGAUGCUUCAGUUCUGACCCAGUUCUCAGCCUCUGCCCCGCAGUCUGGAGGGAGUGACCCGGCGCUGGCCGAGAAGAGUUACUCUGAGCCAGCCACCGAGGCUUUGUCCUCAUCCUCCUCAGAAAGCCUGGAGUCCUCGGCACCACGCGGGGAACGCUCGACCACUGAAGACGGGCCUGAGCUGGAAGUCACUGCCCACGCAGGUGCCCGGGGGCGGCCCGACCGGACGUCUGGGGCCCACGCCCGCGGCCCGCACACGUCAGCCACGUUCACCGGCAGUGGAGAGCGCACACUGCGGUCUCUCACCAACGCAAGCGUGACCUCCCGUGAGGUGGCGCCUGGACAAACAGACGAAGAAACAGACAGCGCCCCUCUGCACGGGAACGGGACUGCGGCUGGCGUCGCCCCCAGAGGUGUCACUGGAAUUAGCUCCGAACAAGUGAGUGGCACCCAUGCUGAACAGAAGGCUUCCAGCGACCACACAGACUACGCCUACGUCUCCUCCACUUUCACCAGGGGAGAACGGGCAUUACUGUCCAUCACAGACAGCGGGGCAUCCUUGGAGACGAGGGAGAGUUCGACCUCUUCUAUUAAGAUCUCAGACUCCUCACGUCCAGACUACCCUUCCUCUUCUCGGGCUCAGACGGAAAGAAGUAACGUCUCAUUCUAUGGAGGGGAACAUGCUCAGCCUUCCACUGAGUCGCUGGGUCUGCACACAGCCAAGCUUCCAUCCUCCGCACCCACCAUGAACAUGCCAAAAACCUCGGUGCUUCUGCGCACGCGUGCCGGAUCUGUUGGUGACUCUCCUUCGUCCGGCUCCCCCUUGCCCCUGCCCUCGGUGUCACAGUCCCGCCAGUCUUCCUCCUCAACUUCGUCAUCCACCAGGGCCUCCGCUCCUCCCCCGGGGUCCACUUCUGAUGCACCCACCCCUGUUUCUUCCUCACCACCGCCUUUACCCAUAUCCUUGACGCUCUCCACCCCCGCCUCACCGCCCGUGUCCCAGACAACCCUGCUGCCUUCAUCUCCUACGCUGGCCCUGCCCAGGGCAGGGGACACACCUGUGACUGCAGUUCGGAUGUCGACAACGGCAUCCUCUGUGGAAAUGCUCUCCAGGGGUCAAACAGCAGAUCCGGGGCACCAGAGCAGCCCACACCACGAGAAAAUGUUUACAGAAUCAAAGCCACCAGGCCUGCAGCCUCUGCCCACGGAGGCCACGGAAGCUGAGAGAGUGAGCUCGGUCUCAGGGAUUCGUCCCCCGCCCACCUUAGCAGAGUCCUCCACUGAGCAGACCCUCCCAGCCACGAGCACCAGCGUGGCCCAAACACCUCCAGCUUUGACAGCCGCCACUCUCAGGACCUCGCACGCCCCCGUGCCCACUCCCAGCCCCUUGUCAAGCACAGCAACUCCGAUGGCCGGCCCCACAGCGGGACAGACUACAGCCGAAAAAGGGUUCUUGCCGACCAGUCCUGACAUUCUGGUGCCACAAAUCUCAACGCAAGUUGCUGUUAUCACGAGAAGGAACCAAGUGCCCAUAGAUGAUACUACCCAAUCGGGCUCCCUGACCAGUGCCCCCACAUCAGCUAAAGAACCAACAACAGUGCUUGGCGUUUCACAAGAGUACAGCCCAGCUUCACAUUUCCUCAGAACGCCUUCUUCUCCCCAGAGCACAGGGGUUUCUCCAGCUGAGGUGCUGACUCCCAGAUCGACCACCGUCCAUGCUGAGAGCAGCACACAGUCCUCGACAGCCUCAGUGAGCGGCUGUGCCCCUAACCCUUGUCUUCACGAUGGGAAAUGCUUCGUGGACACGCCCGGCCGUGGGCGUCGGUGCGUGUGCUCGCCUUCCUGGCAAGGGGACGACUGCAGUGUGGAUGUGGACGAGUGCCUCUCGAACCCCUGCCCACCCCUGGCCACGUGCAACAACACUCAGGGGUCCUUCACCUGCAGAUGCCCAGUUGGGUACCAGCUGGAAAAAGGAAUAUGCAAUUUGGUUAGAACCUUCGUGACAGAGUUUAAAUUAAAGAAAAUGUUUCCUAACACCACUGUGGAAAAACCAUCGGACCUACGUGAAGUUGAAAAUGAGAUCACCAAAACAUUAAAUAUGUGUUUUUCCACGUUACCUGGUUAUACCCGAUCCACAGCUCACGCUUCUAGGGAGCCCAGCGCUGUGGUCAUGUCGCUGCAAACCACCUUCUCCCUGGCCUCCAACGUGACUCUGUUCGACCUGGCCGACGGGAUGCAGAAGUGUGUCAACUCCUGCAGGUCCUCUGCUGAGGUCUGCCAGCUCUUGGGAUCCCAGAGGCGGAUCUUUAGAGCGGGCAGCUUGUGUAAGCGGAAGACUCCGGAAUGCGACAAAGAGACCUCCAUCUGCACCGACCUGGACGGCGUCGCGCUGUGUCAGUGCAAGUCGGGCUACUUUCAGUUCAACAAGAUGGACCACUCCUGCAGAGCGUGCGAAGAUGGAUAUAGGCUUGAAAAUGAAACCUGUAUGAGUUGCCCCUUUGGCCUUGGUGGUCUCAACUGUGGAAACCCCUAUCAGCUUAUCACCGUGGUGAUUGCGGCAGCAGGAGGUGGGCUGCUGCUCAUUCUAGGCGUGGCGCUGAUUGUCACCUGCUGCCGAAAGAAUAAAAACGAUAUAAGCAAACUCAUCUUCAAAAGUGGAGAUUUCCAAAUGUCCCCAUAUGCUGAGUACCCCAAGAACCCUCGCUCACAGGAAUGGGGCAGAGAAGCUAUUGAAAUGCAUGAGAACGGAAGUACCAAAAACCUCCUCCAGAUGACGGAUGUGUAUUACUCGCCCACAAGUGUAAGGAAUCCUGAACUUGAACGAAACGGACUCUACCCGGCCUACACUGGAUUGCCGGGAUCGCGGCAUUCUUGCAUUUUCCCAGGACAAUAUAACCCGUCUUUCAUCAGUGAUGAGAGCAGGAGAAGAGACUACUUUUAAGUGAGAAGAGAAAGGAGCCCGUCACACUGAGCAAGUGGCCCGAGACCAGCCGUUGCUGCUCCGAGGACUGCCCCAGGGGGAGCCCUGCCUGCUGGCUGCUCCCCUAACUUGUGCAGCCACACUGGAGUGGCAGGCAGAGACUGGGACAGGUGUGGGGGUCUGGCCACAGCAGAAGGUGACAGAUGGAACCUGUGGACAUGACACUGCAGGCCGUUCAUUUGUUGUUACUGUGAAUGUGAACGCGGGCCAGUAGCGGGAGCGUCUCUCUGAGCGACUGCAGCUCGGCUGCCGGCUCCAGGGGUGAUGUCGGCUAGAGCAGACAGACCAUCAGGCACCACUGUAAGGACCCGGUUUGCCUUAGUUUGCACUUUAGUAAAUUGGGUAGAGAGGCCUCCUUUUGGAUUUUUUUCAAGACUGUUCCAGAAAGAAGGCCUCUUUUCCCUGGACACUUCCAUGGGCCUCAAUUUGGUGAUUAAUUUAUAGCAAAAUACCAGCUCUUUAGUUGUUUUUCUGCCCACUACCUGUGUGCUAAAGAACCAAUGGUGGUGAUGAGCACAGCACUGUGGUUUGGUGAUGCUGUAAGUUACCGCGCAGCAGUUUAACACGUUGUGCGGCCUGCUCGUCUUGUUUCCAAGCUGAGCCCUAGAAGGAGGAAUUGAAACCUGUGAGACACAGUGCACAAAUCCAGUUCGUUUUUCAGUCAAGGUGACCCUUGAUUUAAGAUUAUUUUUCCCUUUGCAGUUAAAUCUCAUUUUUUUCAAAUAAGUCUGGGUCAGAGCAAAAUAACUUGCAUUUGGUUUUAGUUCAAGGCAUCCAGCUGCCCCGCAGUGAGACCCAGUGAGCAGCAUCGGGAGGGCAAUGGGGCUGAGCGAAGGCCCUGGUGGGGGAAGAGUUUGAGGUGCAGGCAGGGGGCGAUUCUCAUCCCUGCGGGUGUGGCGUGGUGCCUGGGGCUCCACCUUCAUGUCUGAGGCUGAGACUGGUACAUGAGGAGGAGUGGAAAUGGAAAGCUGAGUGCAGGCUGGGCCUGAGCUGGUAUUCCACCAGUGCGGGAAAGCAGCUUACGUCAGCCCUACAGCUGAGUGUGGUUAGAGGAAUGAGCUGAAUAGGCAAGUUCCAUUUUCUGAAACACCAGUGCUUCGGGAAGCCGCGCAGACUCCUGGGGAAGAACAGGGAGCUGGGAGGGAGCCGUAGGUAAGUCUGCUCACCUCUGAGGGCCGCCUCUUUGAUCUCGUUCACAAACUCAGUAUAAACUCUCCACCAACUGCUCAAAGCUAUUUAUUCACUGAAGAAGUAAUUUAUUUUCAUUCAUCCAGUAAUUUGUACCUCUGUAUACUACUAUAUAUUUUUCUUCAGAAACAUGGUUCUAAUUCAGGUCAGCGUUGUAGACUAAAGACUGCUGGACAGGCAGGGAGUGAGAGUUUGCCUUCAGGAAGGGAAUUUCACGCUUCUUGUGCCUGUGCCAUGGGUCCUGCGAGGGGCCAUAUCCAGUGUGCGGUGUCUUUAACUGCUCCUGUGGAACUCACCGUCUGCCUUUGAAAUACCCUGGUUUUGAGUGCAGCGAAGAGAACACAGGUGAAGGAACUGUUCCCACCCUGAAGCUUGGAGCUCAGUAGAACCCAUAUCCUGGGAAAUGGGGUGGAGUUUGGGCAUAACUUUGUCCUGGGCAUGGCUGUUUCUUCAAGGUUCUCUAACCUCUCCAGAAUGUAUGUAAUCCUUAUCCUAACAGUUUUAAGUGCAAACUCCUGUGUCCUGUGGGCUCCACAAGUCAUCCCCCUGCUGCAGCAGGAACGAGUCAGGUGUGAGGCCUGUUAGAAGUUCAUUUGUGCUCACCUUGGGAGAUAGAUACAAAGAGAAUUCUGUUUUUGUCAGUGGAUGCCAACUUUAAAUUUCAGAGCGUCACCUUUAUGAAAUCUUGGGCCUUGCAUCUCUGUGGAACCAACCAGCCCAUGGUGCCUCAUGGCCUCACAUCGAACUGGAGAGCUCUAAGCUCCUGCACUCAGCUCACCUGAGCCAGUGGACUUGAGGUUGCCCAGCGUCCUGGCUCUUGAUCAGAUCCUUGCUCAUUUCCAGGACCCAGAGCCCCGGUGGGGGGCUAUUCUCAGGCUUACGUGUAUCUGCCACCUUUAGCUCAUAUCGCAGCUGACAGAGCAUCUCCUCUCUGGGCCAGAAGCUAUAACCUCCCCAAAAUGAAGUGUUCUGUCCCAAAGGCAUUCUUGAGAAGAAUCCCGAAGUCUAGAGAAUUCCCUGUGUGCUCCAAGCAAGCAUACUGUCCUGUGAAUGGGUUUGUGCAUAUGAAGUGGUUUAAGAAUGUUGUUUUACUUUUACUGUGAAAAAAGCAAGCACCCUGCAAGGUUGGGUUCACACACAAUCUGCAAUUUCUAAGAGGCAUCUAGGGGACGGGGAAGUGCAUCUCCAGAGAAUGAGGGUUCAAGAAGACAUGGAAUUAGCUUGACUGUCAUACAGUGCCAGCUGCCCACCCACCCUGAGUGAGGAAGGGAGAGCCUGCCUUCACUCCCGUUUGGGGUUAGUCCCUCCAGAAGGGUCCUGUCUGCGAAGGGGAAACCCCUGAUAGGACAGUUCCCUCUGGACCAAAGGGACAGGACUGGGUGCAACCCUGGCGAACAGAAGCCCUGAGCUUCGGCACAUGUGCUCAGUGUCAGCCUCUGCACCUGGAAUGCACGCAGAAAUGCCACAGUCCUGUGACCUGGGGUGGGGUGGGGCGCAGCUGGGGAAAGGUGGGAAGAAGGGAAAAGUGACAGUUAACUGCCCACAAGACCCUUAAACUUCUGUAGGGAAGAGAGGGGCUGGACAGAAACAUCUUUGACCUCGUUGUAAGACCACCUGUCCUGUAGCUUCCCUGAGCAAGGUGACACCUCAGAGCAGGGUAGUGCUCACCCUUUGGCCUUCUAGCAUCUGUGGGCUUCCUUAAGCUCUUAAACAAACGUCUUAUUUCUUGUGUCUUUGUUGCCCCAUGAGCCCCCCAGGGCUCUAGUGACAAAAUAGGAAAUCUGAAUAAUGACGCAGCAUCUCUGGUGUUCCCACCGUGGCCAUGCUCUGUGCCAGGUCCUUGGCCCCUGUGAGGUGGGCAUGAGACUGUCCAUUUCUUGGACACGGGGAACUGCAGAGAGUACGAUUGCCUUGGAGAGCCAGGAUUUGAACUCUUGCCUGGGUAGCUCUCCUCACUGCACCCUCCUGCAUCACCAUCCUUGUACUUCAAAUGUCAAAGGUCACCAGAGAGUGGGUUUUAAGUAUUUUUUUUUAAAGAGCCAUAAUGUCAUUAAGCAAUAACUAAACUAAGGAUACGAAGUCCAAAAAAAAGUUGAAUCCCCUUUUGAAAAAGCUUUUUCAGGUUUAUUAUUACACCUGUGUCUUGUGGUCAUCAUCAGGAAAAUAGCAGCUGGCUCAUGCUUAGCAAGAAGCACGUUGGUAGGUGGCGUUGGGUGCAGGAGUGUGAGGUGAUGAGCUGGGUUUGGCAGGCACAGCCAGACUUGGAUAUCCGUUCGAUUUGCCUUGUUCCCGUGGUAAGGCCAUGGCAUGACUCCCACAUAUUGGAAGCAUAUUUUUGUGAAUAUUAUCAGAGUUGGGAACAUAUUCAUUGGAAUGUCUUAAAUGCUGACAAAUCUUCCUCCUCUGACAAAAGUUUGUUUUCAGAAGUAGCUGUCAUUUUGGACAUCAUUUAGAGCCCAGAUUGCUGAGUGGAUAGUGUAACCAAGAUGGCUGAUAGGAUUGUGGUCAAAAAUGAAGAUGUGAUUAUUAAAUUCCUGAAGAGGUAACUGGUAAAGUUGGCCCAAAAGGGAAGGCAGCAUCUUUUCAAUACAAGGCUAGAUGGCUGCCCAAGAAAAUGUCUUGGAAGGACGUCACUUAUUCUUACGUGAAAGCUCCUGGAGCAGACACAGUUGGGUCCUGCGUGUGGCUUUUUGGGGGCCCUCCAUUAAGCCAUCUGACCCACUGGUGAAGGGCCCGGGUGCCCUGGAGCUCUAUGAACCUGGGCUGGAGAAGCUAGAGUUGUACAGUCCCGUUGCUCCUGGCUUCGUUUAGCCAAACAUGCCCAAAGCCUGGUUUGACCCAUCGUUCAAGAUACACUGAUUUCAAAACUAAAGCAAGUCUUUGGAGAGAGGAAGAAUUUCAAUAUUUUGCAUCUUAUUUAAAAGUACCCUUAAUAUCAGGGAUAUUUUUCUAUGUAAAAACUUGUGGGGAUUAGAAGGGAUAUUUUAUUGCAUUCUGAGGUUCUUAUGUAUGUUUUUGAAAAAAGGUGUGUGGUUUUGUAGAGUUGGCUUUUGAUUACGAUGUGUGUUGUUCUACUUGUUCUUUUCUCCAAUCCCCCGAGAAGGAAACUGGUUAAAAUACUAGGAACAUUAAAGUAUUAAAAACAUCAGUUAAUUUGUUGUACUAAAACAUCUUUUCGAUAGUGUUAUAAUCUACUCUGGUUGGUGUCAGCUGCUCACAGAAAAGCCUGUGAAGACAAAGGCGACAGUUUAGGUCUGAAAAGAGAUAGAGCUUAGACUGGCUCUGUCUCCUUGGCAUUAGAUUCUGGUUUUUGAAGAGGACACUUUAGCUUCUGGUUUUAUUUUUUAUUUUUCUGGACACAUCUAAGGCAUUUCAGUUACAGAAUUAUUGGGUAGGAAGGAUGGGACCACACGGGGAUGGGACGGAACCAGCCGACCUGGGAAACUAACCUGACCCACUGACCUUCCUGUAUUACCUUUUGGUCUGUUUCUUUAAAAAAAGAGGAGGAUUGUCUUUCAACAUGGGUUGUUGUAUGUUCUCUUAAUGUUUGUGUUGUUGGAUUUACAGUUAAAUGAAACAUGUGGUUGGAAUAUGAAUUUUUUGAGUUUCCACAUCCUAGAUGUCUCUUUGCAAACCUUUAUACCUUAGCCCCUGGUUGAUUGCGUUAAAUCCACUAUGAGAAUGUUAUUUAAAGUUGUAUUAUAAUUGCAACCUCCACUAAAUAUUCAGUACUGUAGCAGCAAAGUAUUAUUUGUAAGAAUAUGGUUAUUUUUAUACCCACUAUAAGUCUGGCGUUCUAGUCAGUAAAAUGAUGCAAUAAAAUAAAUAUCAUUUUCA